GAAACAGAUUUUGUUCUCAAGGAAACAUGGAUCGAUUCAAUUUCGGUAUAUAAAGUGAGGUGAGAUGUCAAAACAGUGUCACUCGUUCAGGCCUCAAGUUGUGAAAUAGUCCGACAGAACAGCUCUUAAAAAUGGCAUUCAAAUUCAUCCCACUGUUUGCGCUAUUGGCUGUAGCCAGCGCUGGACUGCUGCCAGCUCAGCCUCUGCACUACCAGCAGGCUUUCCAUGCUGCAUCACCAGUUUACCACCAACAACCCCUCCUGAAGACCCUUUCUCAACCAACUCUGGUUGCGCAACCAACUUACGUGAAAACUAUCGCUCAGCCAACCCUUGUGAAAACUAUUGCCCAACCCACAUACGUUAAACAGCUAGAGGUAGAGGCCCCAGCCAACUACGAAUUCUCGUACUCCGUCCACGAUACCCACACCGGUGACAUCAAGAGCCAGCAAGAAACUCGCCACGGAGAUCGGGUUCAUGGACAAUACAGUCUGCUCGAUGCCGAUGGCCACCACCGCAUCGUCGAUUACACCGCUGACGAUCACAACGGAUUCAACGCCGUAGUCCGUCGUGAACCCUCCGGCAUCAAGGUUGCCCAGCCAGUGACCAAGAUUAUUGCCCAGCCGGUCCAGAAAGUUAUUGCCCAGCCUGCGUACUACUCUAGCCACUACUAAGAAGGAUUUGUUGUCUGUUAAUGGUCCGGUAAUCGCGUUAUAGAAUAGGUAGUUGAAUUUCGAAAAUACAAAACGUUGUACGAAUUGAGUCAUAAAA